AUGAACGCGGUCCCCAUCCGUCAAGAUGCAACCGAUGAAGAGAAGGAAGAAGCCACGAAGAGAGCUGAAGAGCAAUGGGAGAAGAUGGGCCGCACGGCCUCCUGGGGAUGUGCCUGGUACAAACGCUGGUUCGACCUCGCAUGCACGGCUGUAGAGAAGAAGCAGCGGCUGAAGGCAGUCUUCUUUCCCCGCCAGGUGGGCUACGGCAUCCCGAGCAUGGAGGACCUCUCCGACCUUGAGGUGGACCUCUGGGACGGGGAUCCCCGGCCCGACUUUUCGGAUUCGGUUGGAUGUGGCGGCUCGCAGAAGUCUGAGCUGGCAACGGCGAACCUCAUGCAGAAACAAAGUCCGGGAUGGGACUACGAGGAGGUGGAUGUCACAGCAUUUCUCAAGGAUCAGUUUCCGCCGGGCGCCCAAGUGGAUGCUUUGCAUGAGACCGAAGCUGACUCCAGAUGGCGCAAGGGCAUCGUGGUGAAACAGAUGGAAAAAGUGACAAAAACCGAGUCCGGUGAGGAGUCCACGGAGUUUUUCUGGCAGAUCAAGUCUGACGACGACUCUGGUGGAUCGGCUGGAAGAGUUGUGGUGGUCCCGAGAACGACGAAGGAAAUGUUUGAGGAGUUCAAGGUGAAGUUUGACAAGAGCCGGCUAUUCGAGCUCUACGAGGAUAGCCUCCUGGGGUUGAAGGAGUUGACGGAGCAUCAGCAGGUGAAGCUGAAAGAGAUGGAGGGCCUCGACGACGUUCAUCUCUCUGCCCCGGCGGGUGCGGAAAGAAAGAAUCACAGCGAGCCAGAGCUGGUGCAAAGCAGGAUCCAGCAGAUGCUUUCCAGAAUCACUCUGUUGCACAGCCCCUACAAACACUUCCAGCUGCCCUCUCUGGAGGGUGAUCGCAUACUCCGAUGUGUGGCCGGACCCGAAGCGGAAAAGUGUGACAUGGUGGUCUACGAUGAAAGCCACCACAUCUUCUGUCUUCCGCCGGAAGAAAUGAGCUCGACACUACUCCCAAGCCUAUCGGCAGAACGCCGGCUGCUUCUGUCAGAUGAGUCGCAGUCUGCUUCGGUGAGCCAGACCUUCGGACGGUGCAGCCACGUUCCCUGCCUGAAUAGGUUUCAGCUGAACACGCAGCGAGAUGCCGCAGCGAGCUCCCUGGGCUCGGACGGACCGCCAUUGAAGACCUUCCUCUUCGACCCAGCAGCUCAGCCGUUCUUGCAGACGUUCCCAGAUGUCAGCUUGCAUGGGCGUGUCGCCCUCCUCGUUCCACACUCCGACGUCUGCAAGAAGAUAAAGCCUGUCUUGCAGAAAGACUUGCAACUGGGCUGCGUGAGGAGCCGGGAGUUCCCACAUCGCUCCCUGCGCCUCGUGAGCUUCGAGGAAUCCCUGAGAUGCUUGCCGGAGCGCCUGCUCGGCCGAAGCAAGCAGGCUCAGCAGGAGAAUAUUGUCCUCGAUACGGUGGAGAAUGCAGAUGGCUUGGAGGUGAAAGGAGGUUGGCUGGAAUUUUUGGGCAUGGUGAAAUUCUCUGAAUCUGCUGAUGAAUGCCUUGAAGACAAGGAGUCUGUCCAGAACAUCCAAGCAGCCGCGGCCAAAGCGCAUGAAGAAGCUUUGCAGAUCGUCGAGGCCCCAAAUGCUAGCAGUGCCGACGUCGACAAGAGUGCUCAAUCGGAUGACAGCACACUGAAGCUGAUGCACGAGAAGCUGAUGCACGUCUGGGAUACCAGUGGCAACACCAUGUCAAAGCCCGACAGUUUGCUCUUCAACCCGUUUUUCUCGGCAGACAAGGGCCGGACGGUGGACGAGCUUUUCACAGGCUUGAGCACCAAGGAGCACGGCGGCGAGGAGCUUCGCCGGGCCGACUUUGACAGACUGUUCAGCCAGACCUGCCGGAGUGGCAGCUACAGCUGCCCGCUGUGGCUUGCCUUCGAUACCAAUGCCGAUGAUCGCAUUUCCCGCCAGGAGUUCGGGAAGAAGAUGGCGGAGUUGGAUGGUUUCAGCAAGGAAUUGCUGGAUCAGGCGGCGCGGAGGAAGGCGGCGCUGGAAGCGAAGAGGCUUGAGCUGCAACAGGAGGCCGAGGCAAAGGAAAACGCCGAAGCAGCCGCCCUCAAGGCCCAAAACGUUUCGUGCUUGGUGCUGCCGCCCAUGACGGCAUUGCGAGAGACUUUGCUCUUGAGCCUCAAGGAAGAAGCCGCUAUUGCCGAGUCGGCGGAAAUCGACCCCAGCUACCAUGGGCACAUCCGGGAUGACGCGACAACUUGCUGGAUUUCCUUCCCGGGAAAGUAUGAGUUUCACCUUGACUCGGUGGCCUGUGUCUUCCUCUGCUCCCCAGCCGACGGCCUGGGAAAGCACGCGGAUGAUCCCCAGAAUCCGGGGAAGUGCUACUGCGCACGGAUAUAUGGCGAGCGCGACUUCAGGGCGUUCGGCUACCUCUCAGUCCUGAAGGCACCGUACACGGACGACAGGAUCAAGAAGCACUGGGAGAAAGCCGCUGCAAUGAACGCGGUCCCCAUCCGUCAAGAUGCAACCGAUGAAGAGAAGGAAGCAGCCACGAAGAGAGCUGAAGAGCAAUGGGAGAAGAUGGGCCGCACAGCCUCCUGGGGAUGUGCCUGGUACAAACGCUGGUUCGACCUCGCAUGCACGGCUGUGGAGAAGAAGCAGCGGCUGAAGGCAGUCUUCUUUCCCCGUCAGAAAGCCGAGCUUGCAACAGCGAAUCUCAUGCAGAAGCAGCACUCCGGAUGGCACUAUGAGGAGGUGGAUGUCACGGCAUUUCUCAAAGAUGAGUUUCCACCGGGCGCCCAAGUGGAUGCUUUGCAUGAGACCGAAGCUGACUCCCGAUGGCGCAAGGGCAUCGUGGUGAAACAGAUGGAAAAAGUGACAAAAACCGAGUCCGGUGAGGAGUCCACGGAGUUUUUCUGGCAGAUCAAGUCUGACGACGACUCUGGUGAAAUGUUUGAGGCCAGCCAAGUCCGACACCUCAACGUGGCGGUUGAGCAGCUGCUGCACCGGAACGUGCUGGAGCCGGCGUUGCGCCGAUGCCUGGCCGACAUUGCCCUGCGCCAUCCCACCGCCUGCCGCCUCCGCAGCGGCACCCCGGCGCUGAGCAUCGUCAUUCAGAUUCCCAACGUCGAGGCGCUGCUCGCACUGAGAGAUCGCGUCUUGAGCGGCGAGUUCGAUCGCAGCGUCAACGAAGGCUUGGCCCAGGGGUCACCAGAGUUCAAGGUCAAGUUCGACAAGGGCCGGCUCUUCGAGCUCUACGAGGAUAGCCUCCUGGGAUUGACGGAGUUGACCGAGCAUCAGCAGGUGAAGCUGAAAGAGAUGGAGGGCCUCGACGACGUUCAUCUCUCUGCCCCGGCGGGUGCGGGAAAGACCUUCGUUGCGGUGCAGCACGUGCUCGAGCAUCUCAACACCCAUCCCUCAGCCCGGCUUCUCUACGUCGCUCCCUCCGAAAGCCUCGGCCUCCACUUCAUUCGCUGGCUCUCCAUGCGACUUGCAUCGCGAACCUCGGCGCACAGACAUCACAGCGAGCCAGAGCUGGUGCAAAGCAGGAUCCAGCAGGUGCUCUCCAGAAUCACUUUGCUGCACAGCCCCUUCAAACACUUCCAGCUGCCCUCUCUGGACGGUGAUCACAUACUCCGACGUGUGGCCGAACCCGGUGCAGAACAGUGUGACAUGGUUGUCUACGAUGAAAGCCACCACAUCUUCUCUCUUCCGCCUGAAGAGAUGAGCUCGACGCUCCUCCCAAGCCUAUCGGCAAAGCGCCGACUGCUUCUGUCAGAUGAGUCGCAGUCGGCUUCGGUCAGCCAGACAUAUCCCGACAUGGCCAGGGUGAAACUUUCCGAGGUGGUCCGCAGCACUAAGCGCAUUGUCGCAGGUGCAGCCACGUUUCAGCUGAACACGCAGGGAGAAGACGAUGCGAGUUCUUUGGGCUCCGACGGACCGCCCCUGAAGACCUUCCUCUUCGACCCAGUGGGAGAGGACCUGCCGAAGGCGUAUGCAAAGCAGAUCAUCAAAGCACUCUGGCAUGUGGCAAAGACGUUCCCUGAUAUCAGCUUUCAUGGGCGUGUCGCCCUCCUCGUUCCAGACUCCGACAUCUGCAAGAGGAUCAAGCGAGUCUUAGAGAAAGACUUGAGCCGGGAGUUCCCGCAUCGCUCCCUGCGCCUCGUCACCUUCGAGGAGUCCCUGAGCUGCCUGCCGGAGCGCCUGCUCGGAAGAAGCAAGCAGGCACAGCAGGAGAACAUUGUUCUCGAUACCGUGGAUAAUGCAGAUGGCUUGGAGCAGCUUGUGGUCGUUUGUGUUGGGCUGGAUGCUCCUAUUCAGCGCCACCUGGAAGACUUACAGACACGCUCACGGCUCUAUAGAGGCUUAACGAGAGCACAGCUCUUGGCCAUCGUGGUCAAUGAAAGGGUGCAGGGAGGUUGGCUGGAGUUUUUAGGCAUGGUGACGUUCUCUGAAUCGUCUGAUGAAGCGGUUGCAGAGAAGGAGUCUGUCCAGAGUAUCCAAAAGGCCGCUGCCAAAGUGCAUGCAGCAGCCUUGCAGACCGUGGUGGAGAGCCUUGAGGAGACUUAUGAUGCUGUCGCAGAGGGCGAUGACAACAACUUUUUGGACGAGUUUCUGGACGAGCCGAUGCCAGCGACCUCGACUGUCUGGGACACCAGCGGCAACACCAUGUCAAAGCCGACGGCUUUGCUCUUCAACCCGUUUUUCUCCGCAGACGAGGCUAAAUGCGCGCGUCUGCAAGCGCUCCACUCCCUGCCACAGGUUCCGAUUGCCAUGUUCUCUGCGCAAUGGAAUGCAAGAAACAAGGGCACCGAAAGGCUUUUUCGAGAUGUGCGCGAGCUGCUCCGUGGACGUUGCGUCAGAAUUCUCGUGGUAGAUACAGAUGCCCCUGACUUCGGUGCGGUGACCCUCAGAUAUUUCCAGAUGCUGAAGGCGAAAAGAGGCGUGAUGCUCGCAGUCUGCACAGCAGACUACGGAGAGAUGGCCGCUCCUUACUCUACCAACGCCGAGCUGACUUUUGCCCUCCAGCAUCAUAUAGAGAUCCUACCGCUGAAGGUCGAAGAGAUCUACCCGCCCCAGCCGCCGUCUGGCCCCGACCACCCUUUCGACAAGCAUGGGCUUGCCGAACGCCUCAUCAGGAAGGCAAUGCCGCCAAGCAAGGUGUACCUCGACUGCUGUGGCAAGACGAAGGACGGCCCUGACCAAAUCGCGGAUGAAAUUGAGUCUGCGUUGAGGGACAGAAAGGCCGAGGCAAACAUUCAAGAGGUCCCAUCUUGUGCUGUCGACGGACAGACGGCCGUGGCUGAUGCGCAGACAGAAGCCGCCAUUGCCGAGUCGGCGGAAAUCGACCCCAGCUACCAUGGGCACAUCCGGGAUGAGGCCGGACGAGCCGGGCUCUGGGGCUUGGGUUCGCAGGGUGCAGGACGGCCACAUGCGAAGUCGUGCAACACCUUCUUUGGUUACGGGCUGCACCUUCCCGGAAGCUGGGAAGCUCUCGUGAAGGAGCGCGUGGUUCAGACGGUGCUAAGCGUGGUUCACGGGUUCUGCCGCUAUCGGACAAAGGAGUUUCACCUCGACUCGGUGGCUUGCGUCUUCCUCUGCUCCCCAGCGGACGGCCUGGGAAAGCACGCGGAUGAUCCCCAGAAUCCGGGGAAGUGCUACUGCGCACGGAUAUAUGGCGAGCGCGACUUCAGGGCGUUCGGCUACCUCUCAGUCCUGAAGGCACCGUACACGGACGAUAGGAUCAAGAAGCACUGGGAGAAAGCCGCUGCAAUGAACGCGGUCCCCAUCCGUCAAGAUGCAACCGAUGAAGAGAAGGAAGCAGCCACGAAGAGAGCUGAAGAGCAAUGGGAGAAGAUGGGCCGCACGGCCUCCUGGGGAUGUGCCUGGUACAAACGCUGGUUCGACCUGGUAUGCACGGCCGUCGAGAAGAAGCAGCGGCUGAAGGCAGUCUUCUUUCCCGGCCAGGUGGGUUACGGAAUUCCCAGCAUGGAGGACCUUUCCGACUGCGAGGUGGACCUCUGGGACGGGGAGACGCAGAGGCCCCUCUCCGAGAAGAAGCUGUACCUACACCAUCUUCAGCGGCACGGGACCCUUUGUAGAAGACUGUCCUUCGUCUUCGACACCCCCAACGGAACAGCCGAGGUCGGAUGUGGCGGCUCGCAGAAAUCCGAGCUGGCAACCGCGAACCUCAUGCAGAAGCAACAGCCUGGAUGGGACUACGAGGAGGUGGAUGUCACGGCUUUUCUCAAAAAUGAGUAUCCGCUGGGUGCCCAAGUGGAUGCUCUGCAUGAGACCGAAGCUGACUCCAGAUGGCGCAAGGGCAUCGUGGUAAAGCAGAUGGAAAGAGUGACUAAAGCCGUGUCCGGCGAUGAGUCCACGGAGUUUGUCUGGCAGAUCAAGUGUGACGACGACUCCGGAGAAAUCUUUGAGGCCGGCGAAGUCCGACACCUCAACGUGGCGGUUGAGCAGCUGUUGCACCGGGACAUCCUGGAGCCGGCUUUGCGCCAAUGCCUCGCGGACGUUGAACUGCGCCCUCCCACCGCCUGCCGCCUCCGCAGCGGCACCCCGGCGCUGAGCAUCGGCAUUCAGAUUCCCCACAUCGAGGCGCUCCUGGCACUGAGAGAUCGGGUCUUGAGCGGCGACUUCGAUCGGAGCGUCAACGCAGGCCUGGCGCGCGGAGCUCCGGAGUUCAAGGUCAAGUUCGACAGGAGCCGGCUCUUCGAGCUCUACGAGGAUAGCCUCCUGGGCUUGAAGGAGCUGACCGAGCAUCAGCAGGUGAAGCUGAAAGAGAUGGAGGGCCUCGACGACGUUCAUCUCUCUGCCCCGGCGGGUGCGGGAAAGACUUUCGUUGCGGUGCAGCACGUGCUCGAGCAUCUCAACACCCAUCCCUCAGCCCGUCUGCUCUACGUCGCUCCCUCCGGAAACCUUGGCCUUCACUUCAUUCGCUGGCUUUCGAUGCGACUCGCAUCGCGAACCUCGGCGGAGAAACAAGGGACAAAGGUUUUGUUGCGCGUUUCUCCAAGACUCCAAGACAGCCUAGGAAAGCAUCACAGCGAGCCGGGUCUCGUGCAAAGCCGGAUUCAGCAGGUGCUCUCCAGAAUCACUUUGCUGCACAGCCCCUUCAAACACUUCCAGCUGCCCUCCCUGGACGGUGAUCGCAUACUCCGACGUGUGGCCGAACCCGGCGCAGAAAAGUGUGACAUGGUUGUCUACGAUGAAAGUCAUCACAUCUUCUCUCUUCCGCCUGAAGGACCGCCCCUGAAGACCUUCCUCUUCGACCCAGCAGCUCGGACAUUCCCUGACGUCAGCUUGCAUGGGCGUGUCGCCCUCCUCGUUCCAGACUCCGACAUCUGCAAGAGGAGCCGGGAGUUCCCGCAUCGCUCCCUGCGCCUCGUGAGCUUCGAGGCAAAGCAGGAGAAUAUCGUUCUCGACACCGUGGACAAUGCAGAUGGCUUGGAGCAGCUUGUGGUCGUUUGUGUUGGGCUGGAUGCUCCUAUUCAGCGCCACCUGGAAGACUUACAGACACGCUCACGGCUCUAUAGAGGCUUAACGCGAGCACAGCUCUUGGCCAUCGUGGUCAAUGAAAGGGUGCAGGGAGGUUGGCUGGAAUUUUUAGGCAUUGUGACAUUCUCUGAAUCCUCUGACGAAGCGCUUUCAGAGAAGGAGUCUGUCCAGCGUAUCCAAAAGGCUGCUGCCAAAGUGUAUGAAGAAGCCUUGCCCAUAGAGGAGAGCCAUGCGGAGACUCAUGGUGCCCCAGCGGGUACCAGUGCAGACGCAGGUGCAUCCCAAACAGUUUCCCAAACAGUUGGCGAUGACAAAGCAUUCGUCGAGAGUGCUCAGCCGGACGACAGCACACAGCGGCCGAUGCACGAGACCUCGACAGCCUUUGGGUUGCUUUCAGCAGCGAACGAGGGCCUUGUUGGUACAGGUUUUCUAAGAGGCACCCGGUCAACAACGGGAACCGUCAUGGUGAGUUAUUGGCAGGGUUGCACUGAGAUUCCACGUCUGACGCUGCCUGUGCUUGUUGUGCUGUCUAGUCAGAAAGCCAUGGCAGCCGAGGUCUGGGAUACCACUGGCAACACCAUGUCAAAGCCGACUAGCUUGCUCUUCAACCCCUUCUUCUUCACAGAUGAGGCUGGUCUGGUUGGGGCUAUUGCAGUGGACUUCUAUCUAACAGGAACUCAGCACAGUUCUCUUGCCGAAAUGCAGCAGCCACCAGUGGACAUACCUGCCGGCACGGGCGCCCGCACCGGGAUGUUCUCUAUGAGAUUCGAUGGUGGAGAGACGGAGAUUAAAUUCCGUCGAGUAUACCGGCUGCUAAAGCAACGGAACUACCCGGUGCUACUGGCAGAUGCCCAAGCCAUGACACUGUCCCACCUGAAUCGGCUCGCAGCGAGCAAGGGUGUGCUGCUCGCCGUGUGCUCGGCAGAUUAUGGCGAAAUGGAGAAGCCAGGGAAGUUUGAACCGAGCAAACCUGUCGGAGAAUUGACCGUCAACGAGUUCCUAAAGGAGACCAAUCUUCAGAGCAAGCGCUGUUCGUAUGAGGAGCUCCAGUUCGCUUGGGGCCGGAAUAUCGAGGUUUUCCCCCUUAGGCUUCGUGACGACUGGCCCCCAAGGGCCGCCUUCGGCCCAGAUCACCCCUACGACAAGGACGGCAAGGCCGAUGCACUCCUUGCCGCAACAAUUCCAGGCAGCAAGGUUUAUGUGGAGUGUCGGGGGGAGUCUGAGAACUGGAUCGCUGCCCAGAUCGCGAAGAAGCUGCGUCGCCGUUGA